UUUCUUUAUAGCACCUCCUGUUCAUCCUCUACAUUUUUUUCCUACCAUGGUAGACCUGUCGAGCUUCCUUGCGGACAACCCGUAUUUCUCGGCCGGCUUUGGUCUUAUCGGCGUGGGUGCGGGCGUGGCAGUAAUGCGGCAGGGCGCGCGACGCGGCGCCGAUCUAAUGCGGCGACAGCUCCUGGUAUCGAUGGAGAUUCCCAGCCACGACAAAAGCUACCAGUGGGUGCUCGGGUGGUUGAGCCGGCGUGGGGCAGAGACAGUUCGUAAUGCGCAGAGCAACAACAAUAGCAUGACGUGGGUCAAUCGGCGGAUCGCCAAGGCUGUAUUGCCGCGGCACCUUGCUGUACAGACCAGCUACAAGCAGCACGACAAUGGCAGUGUUUCAACAGACUUCACCAUGGUACCGGGCCAGGGAAAGCACAUCUUCCACUACAAGGGCAUUUUCAUCCAGGUGGACCGGCAGCGCAAUUCCAAAAUGAUUGACUUGCAGUCGGCAGCGCCUUUUGAGACCGUGACGCUGACGACGCUGAGCAGGGACCGGCAGAUAUUUAGCCAGAUCCUGAGCGAGUCACGCGAAUUCGCCUUGUCGCAGAACGAGGGCCGCACGGUGCUGUACACGAGCUUUGGCCCGGAAUGGCGGCCAUUUGGACUGCCACGCAAGCGGCGACUGCUCGAGAGCGUGGUGCUGGACAGAGGCGUCAGCCAGUCGAUUGUGGAUGACGUCAAGGAUUUCAUUAGCAAUGGCAAGUGGUACGACGAGCGUGGAAUCCCCUACCGCCGCGGCUACCUUUUGUACGGGCCGCCCGGCAGCGGCAAGACCAGCUUUAUCCAGGCACUGGCGGGCGAGCUCGGCUACAACAUCUGCAUCCUGAAUCUGAGCGAGCGCGGGCUGACUGAUGACCGACUUAACCACCUAUUGACAGUUGCGCCCGAGCGCAGUCUGAUCCUGCUAGAGGAUGUCGACGCAGCGUUCACGCGCAACCGGGAGCAGUCAGAGCACGCAGGGUAUCAGCAAUCAAUGGUGACGUUUAGCGGCCUUCUCAAUGCCCUGGAUGGUGUUACGUCCAGCGACGAACGCAUUAUCUUCAUGACUACCAACCAUAUUGAGCGGCUCGAUCCGGCUCUAAUCCGCCCGGGCCGUGUUGACCUGAAGACGUAUCUGGGCAACGCGUCGCCUUUCCAGAUCAAGCAAAUGUUCACGCGGUUCUACGGGCAGGAGGCAGCGGAGUUGGCAGGCGAGUUUACUGCGGCGCUGGCCGGGCAUACAGUCAGCACAGCGCAGCUGCAGGGGCACUUUGUCAUGUACAAGAAGGACGCGCGUUCUGCCAUCAGUGGCGUUGGCAGGCUCAUUGAAGCGGCAAACAAUGCAGCAGGCGACACAAGGAAUUAGAGACACAGCUGAUAGACAAGCGCUGCCCGCAAUUUGUGCUGGCUGCUUCCCAUCCUUGUGAUAUUGAGGGUGGGCUUUUUGGACCAGCAACAAUCUGGCACGCGUGGUCGCGCCACAGGCGCUGACCUGUAUUGUUGCCAGCUGGGAGCUUUGGACGCGUCUGUCUCUGUCUGGCGGUGCUUCGAUCCGUCCGCACCCCCCGCCGAUCUAUUGGCUGGCAAUACAACUAGGGGUUUGGAAUAAAUGGAUCAGACACAAUCAACGUUGUUCGAGUAGAAAACAGCAUC